AUGAGAAAAUCGGUUUUUGUUUGGAUUUUUAUUGGUGUUUUUGUAGUUAGUGAGGUGAGUUUUUGAUUACUGUAGGUUUGAUGCAGAAUAAAUGUUUGAUUUGCAGAAAGCUUUGCAGAAGCUCUAAAAACGUGGCAAAAACUUUUAUCCAAAAAUUUAGAAAAAAAAUUCUGGAACCGAAAAUUAAUACAUUUUCUCUGAAUUUUCUCCGAAGUUUCAGAAUCUCAACAAAUCUGAAAUUAUAACCGUCUUUCAGAAAAAAAACAGGAAAAAUUAUAUGUAGAUCCUUUCUUCAAAAUUUCAAUCCAAACGUUUUUUCCCCGCAGAUAAGCGCCAAAUCCGCACCUCGAUCGAAACGACAAUGCGGAUGUGGAGGACCAACUCGUCCUCAAAUGUCUUGCAAAUGUCAACCAGUCGCUUCCGUUCAAAUUUCCGCUCAACGAGUUUGUUCCUGUCAGCCUAUCAUGUAACAAUUUUUGGAGGGAAUUUUUGAAAAAAUCUGAAUUUUGAUACAUGAAAAUUUCAUCGUUUCAAAAAAAUAGAUCUUAUCGAUUUGAAAAAAUAAUAGAAGUAGUAUAUUUUUUUGUAAAAAUUCGAUGAAAUCUGUGCCAUAGAAGUCUUUCAUCGUUUAAAAAUUAUUUUUUUUCGGAAAUAUUCUGAACAUUAAUCAAAAAAAAAUUCACUGUUUCAAAAUAAAAAAAUAUAUUCCAUUCUAUCUGGGAACUAUAUUCGAUGCACCAUGUUAAAUUUAUUUCAUAUAAAUCAGAAAAAACCCACAUGGCACAUAUAAAAUUUCACUGUUUCAAAAUUUUCAUUUACUCAAAAAUGUUUUGGAAUUUUUUAAUAUUUCGAACGUUAUCAAAAAUUUACGAACAAUGAGUCGCUUAAACUAGGCACAGUCUAAUUUACUUCAACCCUCAACAAGUUUUAACUGUUUCCUAUAUAUUAGAAAACAUAUAUUUUUGCAGUCUUGCAACUCAACCAAAAUGCGGUUGUCGUGCUCAAUCUUGUUCCAAUUCAUGCCGUUCAAUUUGUCGACCAACAUGCUCGAAUUCUGCAAAUUCUGGAACAUCUGGAAUUGCGUGCCGAUUAAUGUGCCAAAACACAUGCCAAAACGCUUGUCAAAAUAAUCAAAAGAACUCGGGAGUUGUGCUAAAUUCGCCAACUCAAAAUUCAUCGGUUGUAAGAGCUGUGGCUGGUGCAAAUUGUUUGAAUGAUUGUAGUAACCAGGUUUGAUAUUUUUUCCGAAUCCCAAUGUUCUGCAUCUAUUCAUUUGCGAAAAAAACCGAAAAAAAUGUAUUUUUUUACAAUUUUUUUCUAUUCACCAAAAUGCACGAAAUAAAUGUCAAUCGUGACGAGACCCACACACAUUUCAAGGAGAAAAAUAUGCGAGAAAAAAAACAAGAAAUGAAAUUUUCGAAAGCAUGCAUUUUUCACACUCGUUGCCUUGAAAUGAGUGUGGGUCUCGUCACGAUUGCAUGUAUUUCGCGACAAUUUGUGAUUUUGGUGAAUAGAAAAAUAUUGUAAAAAAAUACAUUUUUUCGUGUUUUUUUGCAAAUGAAUAGAUGCAUUCCACUCAAAAAUCAAUAAUUUUAGUGCUCCAAUGUUUGUCAACAAAAACAAUUCGGCUCAAAUCAGUGUUCCAAUUCGUGUAAUCAAUCUUGCUCAAGAGUUUGUCAAGCAAGCCCAACUUUUUCAUCGCCGUCUUCUACAACAACAAACGCACCUAGCACAAAACAAGAACCACUUAAGGUAAGUGAGAAGGAAAACUUGGUUUUUGGAAUUGGAAAAAUUCAGGAAACUGAAAAUUUUUGACGCUAAAAACUGUUUUGUAAGUUUGACUGUUUAAAACUUUGUUGAAAAACAAUCUUAAGAGUUGUUUACAAUAACAUUUGCGAAAGAAACACUCAAUUUCAAAAAUUGAAUAUCGAGGAAAAUUGAAAAUGUUCAGACGAUUCUCGAAAAAAAACGCAUAAUUUUCCCUUCAAACACCCUCCGAUUUUUCCAGAUCAAUAUAAAAGUUAUGGACAACGAUGCGAAAUGUAUGGAUCAAUGUCAAACUUCGUGCACUCCUAGUUGCGCACCAGCGCAAGCUCCACAAGCAUGUGCAGCAGUUUGUCAAAACACAUGCGCCGGAUUGUGUCCAAUCACUCAAGUUCCUCAGAAUCAACCAAUUUCUACUACCAGCACACCGGAACCCAUCAAAAUCAAAAUCCAGGUUCAACAACAACCUGCUACAGUAUCUCAACAACAGAAUCCGAGAUCUACAGUAGCUCAAAGCCAGGUAAAUUUUUCGAAAAGAAAUGUAAAAUAACCCCAAAUAAUUAUAGAAUUCUUGUUUGAAUCAAUGCCAAACUGGAUGCACUUCUUCGUGUGUUCAACAAAAUCCACAACCAAAAGAGGGAUGCACGGCAAGUUGCCAAAAUACAUGUAAUGAUGUGAGUAAAAGGGUUACUGUAGUUUUCUGGAUAAUUUGGGAAUUCUGCGAAUCAAUUUUCAGUUACAAAUUUUUGUCAUAGAUCCACUUAAAACUCGGGUUAUCUAUGUUAGACUUGAUAACUUCAUAACUUGAAAAAAUCAAAAUUUUUUUAUUUCAUAAUCCAAGAAAAUUUUUGAAAUUCAUUGUCUGAAAAUUUUCGUUUAGAAAUUAGAUCAACUGCUUCCAAAUUUUCAUAUCAAUUGUUUAUUCCAUAUACAUAUUCGAGUUGUUAAAACCCAAGAAGUCAAAAUAUUUUUUUUAUAAGCUCAAAAAUUAUUUAAAAAUGUUCGUGAAAAGCUAUUCUCUCAAUAUUUUCUCAACAACCCUUCUAACCAAAAUAUUUCAGGUUUGCGCUCCCCAAGCAUCAGAUAUUCCAUCAACAACAUCUACCACAUCUCAACCUUCAACAUAUCCAGUUCUUCUUGAUCCACAACAACGUUGUUCUUCAGAAUGUCAGUCGGUUUGUCAAAUGGCUUGUGUCACACAAAAACAAUCAACACCAUCGCAAUGUUUGGAUAAAUGUGCACCGCAAUGCGAUAAUGCUUGUGUAAGUCCGCAAGUUCAACAAAACUCUGCACAAUUGUUCACUAAUCAACCUUUGCGUAUCAAUAUUUCAUUGGCACCUUAA